AAUGUAACUCCAUCAAAACUCACGACACCGGUGCUAUUCCUCUCUGCACUCUAACGUAAGCUCUCGCGAACAAAUUAAAAAUGGCCACAUGGCUCCGUUUUUCUCCACCGUCCCCCACACUCCUCCCCUCCCCUGCCUGCCCAACUAGCCGUCAGCCUCCACGUUCGACCGCCUCGUGGACGUCACGAGUUGCACUCCGAGUUUCACUGAACUUAUCCAGGCUGCUGACACCCGUGAGAGCCACGACUGCCAGUGACACACGUGAGUUGCAGCAAGGAAUAGCCGAGUUCUACGACGAGUCGUCUAAGUUAUGGGAAGAUAUAUGGGGCAGUCACAUGCACCACGGAUUUUACGACCCGGAUUCUAGUGUUUCGGUUUCGGAUCAUAGGGCUGCCCAGGUCCGAAUGAUUGAGGAGUCGCUUCGGUUCGCCGCCAUUUCGGAAGAUCCUAGCAAUUGGCCCAAAAGCGUAGUUGAUGUUGGAUGCGGGAUUGGAGGCAGUUCUAGAUACUUAGCUAAAAAAUAUGGGGCAAAAUGCAAGGGCAUAACUCUUAGUCCUGUUCAAGCACAAAGGGCAAAUGAACUUGCUGAUGCCGAAGGCUUAGCUGACACGGUUUCUUUUCAAGUCGCAGAUGCUUUGGAUCAACCAUUCCCUGAUGGGCAAUUUGAUCUUGUUUGGUCCAUGGAGAGUGGGGAACACAUCCCUGAUAAAACCAAGUUUGUGAAUGAGUUGGCAAGAGUCGCAGCCCCGGGAGGGAGAAUAAUAAUCGUAACAUGGUGCCAUAGGGAUCUUGGGCCUUCUGAAGAGAGUUUGCAGCCAUGGGAGGAGGAAAUCCUGAAUAAGAUAUGUGAUGCGUAUUAUCUUCCAGCCUGGUGUUCUACUGCUCAUUACAUCAACUUGCUGCAAUCCCUUUCUCUCCAGGAUAUAAAGGCAGAAGAUUGGUCCGAGCAUGUAGCCCCAUUCUGGCCAGCUGUGAUACGUUCAGCAUUGACAUGGAAGGGCCUCACCUCACUGUUGGCCAGUGGAUUAAAAACCAUGAAAGGAGCAUUGGCAAUGCCGUUGAUGAUUGAAGGGUACAAGAAGGGUUUAAUAAAGUUUGCAAUUAUCACAUGUAGAAAGCCGAAGUGAUGAAGGAAAGGAGCAUCGGCAAUGGCGUUGAUGAUAAAAUGAAGGGUAUUUUGCCCUUUAGUUUUUUGUCAAUACGUAGAACAAUCCUGAACAAUUAAAUUACCAUGCGCCCCCAAUAAUGUUCAGAAAUUACAUUUUAAGUUCGAUUUGAAUUUUAA